AUGGAUCGAGCUCUGCCAAAAUCUCAGAUCUCUGCUCUUGAGAAAGAAAUUCAGGAUAUGACUGAUGGUAUUGUUUUGGGUAAUACUAUGGAGUUGAUUGGCCAAACUCAGAAAGGGAAAGCUGUUAGAGUUGAUACUACAUUUCUUAUAAGGCCUGGGUCUAUUGAUGAUUGUAAGGAAAAGGAAUUUUUGAGAGAGUUGAAAAUUCAAAAUCCUUUUUCCUUAAUCACUAAGGUCAAAUGGAUUAAAUGGAGACUUCCUCCUACAAAUGUGCUGAAGCUUAAUGUUGAUGGUGCCUCUAAAGGAAAAACUGGAUUGUCAAGUGGUGGGGUGGUGGUGAGGAAUCAUGAAGGGAGAGUUAUCUUAGCUGCUGGUUGCUAUUUUGGGUUGGGUUCAAAUAUGGUUUUGAACAAUAUCCCACCAAAACCACCUGAUAUUCCUCAGAUUCCCUACAUAACCCCUCAUAUUUCGCCAAAUCCCCCAACCAAAUCACAAAUCAUCACCAACAAUUUUGCAUCAUUAUUCAAGAAACCCAUAUACAACAAAAACGUACGCAUCAUUCCUACUGGUUCUGUGUCGUUUCCUUCUCCUUUUGUUAACCCCCUGGGCUGUAUUAACUCCACCCAUAUGCCUCCCCCUCUUCCUUUACACCAAAAUCAGUCGAUUACUAACUUCACUUCACCGUCGUUAUUCCCUUCGACUGCGAGCACUCCUGCAAACACUCAAAUCUCUUCACCAGCAAUAGGAAUUCAAAUCCCAAAUGUUACGCCAAUCAUCCAGAUCACUCAUGAUGUUAAUUUACCACAUUCUCAAACCCUAUUUCCUGCACAAGGACCUAUGUUUCAAGCAGGUGCCUCAUCUUCCCAGAUAAACCAAGAUGUUUCGAUCCCUCCUGUAAGCAUCCCAGUUGGCCUUUUUAUCUUUGCAUCCUUUUCCAAGCUUGCAAAAACGGUUGUCUUCAACAAUGGGGAACCAGAUAUGUACUGGUCCCCAGAUGAAACUCAGGAACACUCUAGGAGUUUUAAACUGACCUUGAUAGGCAAGUGUGCUUAUGGCAAACCAUCAUUAGGAGUUGUGAAGGAGUUUAUCAACACAAGGUGGUUGUUGAAGGGAGACUUUAUCGUUGGAGUGUUGGACCCAAGGCAUAUUCUCAUUAGAUUUUCUAAUUAUGAAGAUUAA